AUGGCCAAGAAGCUCCACGAUGAAAUUAAAAAGCUGGCCGUCGUCAACCUCGAGAUCGUGCGCAAGGACAAGCUAACCAUGUAUGCCAUGGGUGCGCGGCACGAAGCCCUCCAAGCCCUGAAAGAAACCCAGCGCCAGCUCCACGAGAUGACCAUGGUUCGCGACGGCUGCAACCAAACAAUCGCGCACCUCGGCGAGACCGUCGACAAGCUCAACGCCUCGCUCCGCGAGACCACCUCGGUGGCGAAGGGACAGACCGACGCCCUGGCCGCGCAAGAGCAUAUGCUGCUCGAGCUGCGAGCCACAAUCGACGAGCAGGCGACCGCACAUGCGGCAACCCUGCAACAAGCCGCUGCGCGCCACGACGAAGAGUACACCAAGCUGCAAGCCAAGUUGGACAAGACCAACAAAGAGCUCGUCGAGUCGGUGCAAGACAACAUCGCGCUCGAUGGCAAACUGCGCCAAGCUCAAGAGCGCAUCAGCCGCUUCCUCUCUGCGUAGACGUCGAACUCGUCCUGUCGCAGUGGUUUAACGUAUCAACUGCACAAAAACGUAUUCAAAGCAA